AUGUGGUCCGCAGAUAUGUUGAACUACAUCAUGCAAUGGCCCGAGGUUGUUGACAAGUCUCUCGGCAGCGACAGAACAGUCAAUGAGUUUGCAAAGAAGUUGUUCAAUGAGGAAAGCUUUGCACAUGUCAAAUCUGUCAUCAAUAAGGUCGGCGCUAUGAGCAAGGAAGAUACGUCUGGCACUGAUACAAUGGACCCCUUUAUCCAUACAUGGAAAGUUCAAGACCGCCCGGAUGAUAUUAAAGACGGGGACAAAACUUAUGGAUGGAGGAAAUGCACUCAAGCCACUCAAGCCACGGCACUCAACAAUGCGGAUUCAUAUGCGUACCUCGCUAUGGGUACAUGGCUCAUUAAGAAAUUUGGGGCAAGUAUAUCGAGUGAUGGCGUGAUCGAAGGGCCAGACGAGCUCGCACCCCGAAAUGAAUGGGUUGGUCUGCCUUGGUUUGCAUGA